AUGCUUUUAUUCCGAUACAUCGAAACUUUGUCCCUCCAACACGCCCUUAGGGUGCUGGAACGUUGGCCAGAGAAUUCCCCCGUGGGACAGUAUGCGGCUAAGGUGCUACGCGAGCUUCCCGCAAACUACUUUCAACAGCCCCGACUCCUGCCCACUGGGCCACGCUUUGUCUUUACGAAUGGUGCUCUUGAGCUGAAGCGUAUUGAUCAAGCUCUUCCUAUGCAACAGCUUCAUCCAGACUCAACCACCGGAUGUGUCGGAGAUGUGAUGCAGAAUGUUCUCGAGUCCCCAAUUCAGCAACGACGUCUGCGACCCCUAAACUCUUUUAUGAUAUUUAGGAGUUUUUGUGCCCCGAUGUUCCCCGGCAUCCCUCAGAAGCUGAAGUCGAUGGCUAUCAGUGAGAUGUGGCAAGAUGACACCUUGAAGGCUCACUGGGCUGUUCUUGCCAAGGCGUACACAAUCAUUCGAGAUCAUUUCCAUGUCGACGCUCCUUCGCUCCCUGUAUUUGUUGAUCUUUGCGUACCUUUGAUUGGUCUUCUGACUCCUCAACAAUACCUCACCCUGUCUGGCUGGCAGAUACAACCCGAUGGAAACAGCCUCAGUCUACGGAAGUUCUGCUCGUCAACUUUGGGUACUUUCGACCCCCCACUUGUCUCUGUCGAUGAUGUCGUGAAGCACUGCACUGAGAACAACUACGCUCAGGUACGUACUGAGGAAUGGACCAAGCACAUCCUCCCAGAUGGAGCUGUGUUCGCGGUGGAGCCAAGCUAUCGUGGCACCAUCCAGGAACCCCAGGACUGGGUAUUCGACAACGUUCCCCAGUGGCCAAUUGAAGAGUUCGAGGUUGAAGAGAUGUACUCUACCCUUGAUACCGAGCGCGAUCAUGGUCUUCCCGUCAUCUAUGACCCCGAUGCAGAGAACCCUUUCGCUACUACCAUGGCAACCGUCAACCAGCUCUUUGUGUAG